AUGUACUUUUUAUUGGUAAUAACUAUAUUGUUAAGAGAUGAGUGUAGAUCAAUUGAAAUUGUGGCAAAGAAGACUCCUAUACUACGAUCAGCAAACGAUGAUAUAAAAAUUGACCUUAGAACAGCCAGAAAACCUGACGACAUAUUGAAACAGCUUGCCCUCCCAACGUCAGAACCGCCAGAUUUUAUGGACAAUAAAUAUACUGGGUUCAGCUUGCCCACUAAAAAAAGCACCAGCUUUUCAAGUCCUGUUAUUGAUGUGUAUACAACGAAUAUGGAUAAAGAGGAAACAAACGGAAAUACCAAUUUUUUUGUAACAUUGCAAGCCAUUUCUAAACAAACAACGAGGAAAGUAAAAAAACCUCCGAAGGUCCAGGACCAAUUAAUGGCUAAAGAUCCUGCAGCGUUUUGGGCUGAUGUAGCCACUCACGGUCAUUGGAGCCAUUUAGAUUCAUACCUAACCAUUUCUUAUUGGAAAAAUUCUAAUCGCACAAGUACAUAUGCGACAAAAUUAACCACCAGAUCUAGAACUACGCGUGGAAAAAGAACAAGAAACACAUCCUUAACGUAUAAAUUGCCAAUAGUUACUGACGGUAAACCACCGUCAGAACCUGAUGAUGCUUACGAUCGACGUCGUCAUGGUGAAGACUCCCAGACUCGGAUACCUGAUAUACUUUCAAGGAAGAGUACCACGCAAAGGCCUUGA